UCGUAUUUAUCCUUCAAGACCUGGCCAGUCACGGAAUGGACGAGGGUGAAUCGAUGGUACUCCCCUGUUGUUGGUACCAGCUUCGAUCGACGGACAUCUCCAGACUCGUCCGUAGUCUGUUCGAAUCAGCAGCUUAUGUCGACUGGCGUGAAUUCGUGAUUUACGCGAUGGACUUACCGAUACCGAGUUACCGAGACAUUUUGAUCGCGAGGGAUCGGUUCAGGAUACAGGAUUCCGAUCUGAAGGAGGUCGUGACCGCCCGACAAUUCAUCUGGACGCCGUUGUGGUUCCUCGAAUACACCGAGAUCGUCGAAAAUGUGUUCGAGCGUCUGCUGGACGAUUUCCAGAGGAAUCGCGAGGAAUUGUACGAGGAGGAGUUUUAUCAUUUGGAUCUGAACCGAUACGACUCGAUGCCGUUGGAGAAGACGCGACGAAACUCGGAUUGCGACUCGAAGACAGGCUGCCCCCUUAACGAGGAGACGCUCAGGCUCGCAUUGGGGAAAGAAUUGCUCUGCCGGAUGUACUCGGUCGGCCGACGUAUCGUCAACUACACCGCUCUGCUGUUGGCCUUCUGCAAGGCCGAGGAUCCCCGGGACGGUUUCGCGAAGGCUCUCGCCCUUGUGAUUGGGAGCCGAGUGUGCACGGACUUGGACGAGGGCGAGAGAUACGUCGAGGAGCUUUACGAGCAAAGACGCCGCGAACGUCAGUCCCGGUUGUCGGUCGAGGCGGUCGCCGAGGAGAACUUCGUUGCAGAGGGUAGCCCGGGGACGGAUUCUUCGAGCACGGAAAAGAUGAAUCGUCCCAUCGGAAUUUCGAGCAGCGUAUCGUUGCUUUUCGGCGAGAGCGACUUUAAAUUUCGACCCGCGGAUCAGGAAUCGAUCGUCUAUUGGGUGUCUCUCGACGUUUGCCUCACCGUUCUGGCAGCAGCUUUGCCGUCGUACCCGUCUAAACCGGAACUUUACGGAGCGUCGGAAAGCCUUCUUGACAGUUUAACCGCGGUAUUCCGGGAUCUACAGGACCCCGACCUCAACGACGACGGGAACGUUGUGUUGACUCAUCGGCUCCUGAAUCACGAGUUUAUGAAGCAACUUUUGAACAGCACGAGCAAGUUCACCGUUAAAAAUCUGGGUAACACGAUGCAGGAAGUGAUACGGACGAGGGAACUUGUGAACGUAAAACACUGUUAGUUUUUCGUUAUUCCGUAACUCAGAGGACAACGACGAUGUCGUACUCGAGUUACACGAUU